UAGGAUUUGCAUUUGUUUAGGCUUGGCUUUCGCUACAUUCAUAUUUUGUGUAUUUGAGGAUUGAGUAUUAAUGUGUUACAUUGGUUGUUUUUACAGUAGACUUUGCAGUAAUAUCACUGUCCCCUUUUUCCCGACAAGCCGUGAAGGCGACAUUAGAUAAGCAGGCAGGCGGUGUCACGCAGAACAUCCUCCAAUGAGCGGCGCCCACUGCAGACACAGCAGCGGUCCGUGGGGCAGAGCGGCUCCAUAUUGGAUAAAGCUGCUCUCUACAGUAACAGGAGUCAGUCUUUGCUGCGUACGCUGUUUUACCGAGAGCCGGCUCAGGUGUGAAGGAUGUAAACGACCAAACCGAUGUUGUCCGCGCAUUCGUUUUUACUAAACGGCGCCAUCCCCCGGUAGUUGUUCACCGGGGGCUGAGAAUUUGGGUUAGAGGCGCACCUGAGCAGAGCGGCAAAGAGUGGCAUGAAGACGAGAAAAGAAAAAACUGGAUUAAGAUAAGCCCGCUGAAACAGAGCCAAGAUGUUUACGCUCACCGAGGUGGCGUCCUUGAACGACAUUCAGCCCACGUACCGCAUCCUAAAGCCGUGGUGGGACGUCUUCAUGGACUACUUGGGCAUCGUCAUGCUCAUGUUGGCCAUUUUUGCCAUGACCAUGCAGAUCACCAAGGACCACGUGGCCUGUCUUCCUUGUCUAGAGGAUCCAGAUGAGGCGGCCGGACCCAAACCCGAGCCCUUCCCUCAUCACACGGCUACAUCUGCAGCAGCCACCGCUGCGCCCGUGUCCAGCACGCUGCCACGCAUCUCCAAGGACUUACCGGACGAAGUUGUCCAAGAGAUCCACGUAAGACACCAACACACAGUGGUGGCAGAGAAAUAUCUCAGUCAGCCUGAGCCCACAGGGGUCAGAACUAACCUGGACUAUCAACAGUACAUCUUCGUCAACCAAAUGUGUUACCACGUUGCCUUGCCCUGGUACUCCAAGUACUUCCCAUACCUGACUCUUAUCCACACGCUGGUUCUAAUGGUCAGUAGCAACUUUUGGUUCAAAUACCCCAAAACGAGCUCCAAGAUUGAGCACUUUGUUUCAAUUCUGGGGCGGUGUUUCGAAUCCCCCUGGACAACCAAGGCUUUGUCCGAAACCGCCUGUGAAGACUCCGAGGAGAACAAACAGAGGCUGACCAGCACCGCGUCUGUCCCGAAACAGGUGACUUCGGAGGGGAAGGACGAAAGCACCACCCCCAUGCUGGGCGUGAAGUUCUCUGCAGAUAAACCCAUAGCCGAGGCUCCGAUCAGCAUGACCAUUCUGGACAAGAAGGACGGGGAGCAGGCUAAGGCCCUGUUUGAGAAAGUGCGGAAGUUCCGAGCUCACGUGGAGGACAGCGACUUCAUCUACAAACUCUACGUGGCGCAGACCAUCGUCAAAACGGUCAAGUUCAUCCUGAUUCUGUGCUACACUUCCACGUUUAUGGCUAAGAUUAAUUUCAAGCACAGCUGUGAACCCGAUAUUAAACCGCUGACGGGAUACAAGAAGUUUUUUUGCACACACAACAUGGCUUUCAUGCUCAACAAGCUGCUGAUCAGCUACAUGGCUCUGAUUCUGAUCUACGGGAUGACCUGUCUGUACUCACUCUUCUGGGUGUUCCGACGACCGCUGAAGGAGUACUCCUUCGAGAAGGUCCGGGAGGAGAGCAGCUUCAGCGACAUCCCCGACGUCAAAAACGACUUUGCGUUCCUUCUACACAUGGUCGACCAGUACGACCAGCUCUACUCCAAGCGCUUCGGCGUCUUCUUGUCCGAGGUCAGUGAAAACAAGCUGAGGGAGAUCAGCCUCAACCACGAGUGGACGUUUGAGAAGCUGCGGCAGCUCGUGACCCGAAACCCACAGGAACAGCAGGAGCUGCACCUCUUCAUGCUCUCCGGACUCCCGAACGCCGUGUUCGACCUCACCGAUUUGGAAGUGCUGAAGCUGGAGCUGAUUCCUGAGGUGAGGUUCUCGGCCAAGGUCUCCCAGAUGACCAGCCUGCAGGAGCUCCACCUCUGCCACUGUCCCGCCAAGGUUGAGCAGACGGCCUUUGCGUUCCUCCGCGACCAUCUCCGUCGUCUUCAUGUGAAAUUCACGGACGUGGCGGAGAUCCCAGCGUGGGUGUACCUGCUGAGGAGCCUGAGGGAACUCAACCUGAUCGGCAAUUUGAGCUCGGACAAUAACAAAAUGAUCGGUCUGGAGUCUAUGCGAGAUCUGCGGCACCUGAAGACGCUCGUCUUGAAGAGCAACCUCACGAAGAUGCCCACGAACAUCACGGAGCUUUCGCCGCACCUGAUCAAAUUGGUAGUGCACAACGACGGCACGAAACUGCUGGUACUGAACAGUCUGAAAAAGAUGACAAGUUUAAUUGAACUGGAGCUGCACACCUGUGAGCUGGAGAGGAUCCCCCACGCCAUCUUCAGCCUGAUCAACCUACAGGAGCUGGACCUGAAGUCGAACAACAUUCAGACCAUAGAGGAGAUCAUCAGCUUCCAGCACCUCAAGAGGCUGACCUGCCUCAAACUGUGGCACAACAAAAUAACCAACGUCCCGUCCUCCAUCGGUCAGGUGCGCUCCCUGGAGGCGCUCCACCUCUCGCACAACAAACUGGAGUGCCUGCCUCCAGCUUUGUUCACUCUGCCCAAACUGCGGCACCUGGACGUCGGCCACAACUCCAUCACAGUGCUGCCCCCCGACGUGGGCCUCCUCCAAAACCUCCAGCACCUAGCCAUCAACUCCAACAAGCUGGAGGUCCUCCCCAAGCCGCUGUUCAGAUGCACCAAGUUGAAGGUGCUGUGCUUGGGGCACAACGCGCUCACCGUGCUCCCGGAGACCGUGGGUCAGCUGGUGCAGCUCACCCAGCUGGAGCUCAGGGGAAACUGUCUGGACCGACUCCCCUCUCAGCUGGGAACCUGCCGCAUGCUGCGCAAAAACGCCCUGGUGGUGGAGGAUCACCUCUUCGACACGCUCCCAGUGGAUGUUAAAGAGAGCAUCAGCCGAGAGACCAACGUGUCCUUCACAAGUGGCUUAUAAUACAACAGCUGCGACAUUAGACAGGCCACACCCAUGCCUGUAGAAUAGAUGGUCCAUUUACUUUCAGUUAUUGUCACGUCAACACUAUGAUUCCAUUGUUUUUUUUUCAAUGUUUUAAUAAGUUUUAUUCAGUUACAUGUUCAAACAAACCAUUGAUUAUUUGUUUAUUUAAGUGUGUCCCUGAUUUAGCUUUUUUUUAAUAUUAUAUAUUUUUUAAAAGGUUAGAAAUGAUGUUCAUCUAUAGACCAAAACUGUUUGAUCCAGUGACACAGUACGUAGAGUAGGGCUGUCACUUUUUUCCAAAAAACGAAGCAUGGCAACAACUGGAGGUCAUGCAGCGGGGUCGUGCACUCCACCCUCGUAAGUGAAUAAAAAUAACACGGCGCAUAAACGCACACUCACCAGGAGGUGACUUUCACCAGGCCCUCUCAGCAUUCUGCCACAACACAGCUCUGUUGUGGUGGAAAACAGCAAUAAAACACCAGCAACAAUGUGACAUCAUUUUUUUUUUCUCAAAAUUUCUGGACCUCGAUCAAUUCCCACAAUGCAACAGCAUGAUCUUGCCCAAGUUUUGUGAAGGGGCUGUUCUGUGCAACAGCCCGUGUUCAUUUCACUGCUGAAACCAUGGAUGUAGCUGGUUUGUAUGUACCGUACUUUCGUUCACGUUUCAUUCAGCGUAUAAAAUAGAAUGACUCUGCAGAAUAAUUUUAUUUUUCAGACCUUCACUGCCUUUUUCUACACUUCUGAUCGGCUCUGUGCUUUCCCUGUGCACCCACACGGACACAGAGGAAAUCAAUUCCGAAACCUGAUAAAUGCCAGUUUAUGUGAUUUUUGGCUAUCGCUUGCUUGCUAACAGCAAAACCCAAUAGAAGAGUCUGGUCACUUCUCAAAGAUGAGGCAGAGGAAGGUUGGCUUCUGUCAGGUCGGGCUGCAUUUGAGCUCUUAGUGAUGAUCUGGUGGAACAUGCAGCAACAACUUCAGGUACUCUGAGGAAUUUACACAGUUAGCGCCAAGUUCAAAUUCCAGUUUUGGAGGAAAGGUGACAGCCCUAGUGUCGAGUGCUCAUUGUCUUAGCCACUCAGGUGUAAUUGUUACCAUGGGGAACAAUCUUUUGCCUUAACUGCUGCUAUUUUGAUGGAAAGGCUUUCACAACUUUAAGGCCAAAUAGAAAUAAUUCUCUUUUUUUUUUCUUUUUUUUUCCAAUGUCUUUCAAAUCCCUGUGUAUCCUGUGGAAACGAGCUCCAUGUCGCUCCUUCUGUGGUAUUAUUUAAUAUUUAAAUGUAUGUUUUCUAGCUAACAGAGCUCAGAGUUGUUGAACUCAGGUGGAGACUAAGCAUCAGAAUGAACCUUUAACUUACUGUUGUAGAGAUUGUAAACCAAGGCCUACAGUGACAUUUGAAUUUCCAUUGCGUUACUUUUCUGACGAUACGUACUAAAGACAGCGUGAGCAGGUUAAAGGGAACUCUUUUUGUAACUGACGCUUCAGAGUUUAGAAUGUCAAAAAUGACCGCUCACAUUUAUUUUCCUUUGUGUCGCGUGACAUGACAUGUUCACAUUUUGUCUUUUUUCCUUCUUUCUUCUUAAUGUAUCUCUGUGUAGGCCUGUGCAUGUGUUCCUCUGAGCUGUGCAACCUCGAUUAUCCCCAUGCUCAAAGUUCAUACCUUUAUGGCACAAUAAAAGACCAUUUGAAUUGAA